CUUCUAAUUUCGCCCCCGAUUCGUGCGGGUAAGGCAGCCUCGCCUGAGGUGCGCGAGCGCCGCCCCAAUCAGUCUCCACCAAGCCCAGCCCCAGCAGGUCUCCUCCGCCGCCCAGACGGUCUCCUCCGCUCCCAUCCACGGCCCCAGACGGUCUCCUUCUCCCCGUUCGAUCUAAGAGCUGCACCGCUCUGCUGCUGAUGCUUGGCCGGAGCGGCGCCUUUGCCGUGGUGGGUACCGACGGUGACCGAGUUGAGGCCCCGCUUGAGCCGAACAUGGGAGGGAUCUCCAUGGAUGGGCAGGAUUAAGGGGAGCCAUCCGGAUGGCUGCAACGACACGUCUCCUCCUACCUCCGGCCUCCUCCUUCAAGCAGUUCGGCUGGAUCCUAAGCGGCACCCCUGUGAAGGCUUUGAGGUUGGAAAUGGAGACGGAGGAGUGGAGAAGAGAAAAUCCGUAUAUGCAGAGAGAAGAGAAAAGACAAUGAUGGAUAGACUUGAUUAUUACUCACUUUUUGGAUUCGUUUAUGUUACGUACAUGCCGCCGCGACGCCGUUCGAGCACGGGGUACCGCGACGUCUGCGAGCGCCCCAACGGAACCUUCUACGCGGAGAUCCGGAUCGGCGACGAGCGUAUCGGCCUCGGCACGUUCGAGACAGGGCUCGAGGUGGUACGCGCGUACGAUGCCGUAGCCUGGCGAAUCGGGCGCUCGUGCCAGUCGAUGAACUUCCACGACGUCUAGACACACCAUCAAGCUGAGGACCUUGCGCCGCCGCCGCGCCUCGUCACGCAGGAGGAGCAACGUUGCCAUCGAGAACUGGAGCGCCGCGUUCUCAUCGCCAAGUGGGACAAGCGCGCGUGACUCGAGUGGGCGGCCCGCUUCCCCGAGAACGUCGCCGCCGAGAAGAAACACUUUGCCACGCGCAAGGCGACAUAGAAGGCCGCGAAGAAGGAGGACCGCCUCUUUUGGAGGGCCGACAAGGCGGCGAGGUGCACCUUCAUCGAGGCGUAGAUGGAUGGUCCACAGACCAUCUCCUUCAACGAUGCCCGAUAGGCCGAUCAAUGAAGUGAAAUUGCUUACUGAUGGUGUUAAGUU